GCACAUCUUAAUCCACCACACAAGUUUGAUGCUUGUUUUAUGGACCUCCAAAUGCCUGAAAUGGAUGGGUUUGAAGCGACAAGACAAAUACGCAGUCUAGAAAACAUAUACAACGAAAAAGUCGAUUCUGGUGAGUUACUUCCCAGCAUGUCUACUAAAGUGGCUCAUUGGCACACCCCAAUAUUAGCAAUGACAGCAGAUGUAAUUCAAGCAACAAAUGAAGAGUGCAUGAAGUGCGGGAUGGAUGAUUAUGUAUCGAAACCGUUUGAAGAAGGACAACUUUAUUCAGCAGUGGCACGCUUCUUUGAGUCAGGUUGAUUAGGACGUUGUUUACCGUGCAGCGGCGUCAUUUGAGGUCCAGACUGAUGGUUUAGUUAACUUGUUUCCGGGAUAAAGGGCCUAAGUUAUUUGGAUAUCUAACGGAUUCCUCUGUUGGUAGCAGAGGACGGAGUUUUGGCCAGUCAGAUGUCUGACAGCCGAUUCCCACUGUUGCUGCUGGAUGAUUUAGCAGCUCAUCCGAAAAACAUCUACUCUUCCCUUUUGUGGAAUGAUGGCUAACAACCAGUAGGUACGGAAAAUAAUGCAUGGAUACUCCUGGACUGCAACCAAUCGCUGACAAAGACUAUUCUAUCAUACGGCAACUCCCACGUGAAGGCAAUAACAGAAGAAACUUUGUUCUGCAUAUGUAUAUUACACCUUUUUUCUGUGAAGUUCCUGAGACUUGAAGCCAGUUUGCUAACUCCGUUGAAGCAGGUUCGUGCCAAAAUGCUCAUUUUCCUCUGUAGGUCCCGAGAUGUAUCCUGUAUUUCAGGUGAUCUCAUAGAAAACGAUGUAAAUAGCGUAGAAGUUUGAGAAGGGCAGCUUCAGGUAUGCAAGCCAUGAGAGUUAAUUAUAGUUGGUUUUUUCAUUCUGAACCAUUUUUUUCCCUUUAAUUUCACCCGAGUAGGGAGUUGAGUUUAGGAAGUAAAUUGUGGCUAUUAUGAGAUCAGGUUAGAUUAGGCUCUACAAUGAAAAUUCUUUGUUGAUGAUUAGGUUUUUCUACUUGUAUAAGUGUUCUGUAAUGAGUCAAGUAUAGUGAAAGCUGUAGAUUGUAUAAUAUUCUGUAAAUAAAGGUGCUGAAUAUAGGUUGAGCUUGGUGUUGUAAGUGAAAUAGUUUGAACUGUUGAAUACUAAAAUGUGACAUAUCUUUUGGUGUGAAUA